AUGUCCGACUCUGACUCCGCCCGCUCUACCGGCAAGCCCAGUGCCGUCGCAAAGCCCCCUGGUGCCCAGAUUCGGCGGAGAGCGACUGGCUCGCAGGUGUCAAAGCCCAACUCCACGCGCGCAGCCGGCGCCGGUGGCUCGUCCAACACGAUGCUCAAGCUGUACACGGACGAUUCACCAGGACUUCGAGUUGACCCCUUCAUCGUCCUCGUCCUCUCCCUUUCCUUCAUUGCCUCCAUAUUUUUCCUCCACAUCUCUGCCAAGGUCAUCCGCGCCUUCACCAAGUAA